CUUCUACAGAGCCAGAUGGAAAGUUUUGAUUUGUUUACCAUUCCAACUGCGCUGCAUGACUGCAACAACUCCCAGUCCUCCUUAUGGUGAUGGACAAUGUGGGAUGUCUACGUUUUCAAGAAUGACCUCUACAAAACCAUAAAAUGACCUGAUUAGUGAUGGGUGCAGUUUAAAGAUCAUCAUCUCAAAACCAAUGCCAAAAAUGAUUGAAAUGAGCCUACUCUGCAAGUGUCAAGAAAUGUUGUGUGGAGAAUAAUUAUGUUUUCGUCGCAAAAGACAAUCGUACCUAGAACUGAAUAACGUUUCGCCUACUUAGUCUUGAGUGGCGCAGUUUAAAAAUGAAUCGAGUGACGUUUUUUGUGAUCUUUUUAUCAGGGGCUGUAUUUGCACUCUUAGUUUCCCAUUUGUCUAAUCUUCUGAAAGCGCCUCAGCACAAAACCAGUGUGCAAGUCUUCAGAGCAGAGAUUCUCAAUCAGUACAAGGACACAUUCUUUCCAUUGCCAUCAGCAGGAACUAUCGAUGUUGAAGAAGAGAGUACCUUAGGCGUUGUGAUAAAGAAUCUGCAAAAAGCACAAAAAUCUUCCAAGCCACCAAAGCCCAUCGAGAGAAAAGCAAAUAAUCAAGAGGCACUUGCCUCUCUUCACGCUGCUUUGGAAAAGAGACUUCAGGGACAUCAUGACAAGGCUUUAAAACUUUUCCAGCAUGCAGUAGCGCUUGCUCCAACCCAUCCAGAUGUGUUAAACCAUUAUGGAGAAUUUUUGGAGCACACCCAAAAAGAUGUUGUCGAGGCAGACAGACUGUACAUGAGGGCAUUGUCCCUUUCGCCGAGCCACAAUAGGGCCAUGACCAACAGACAACGCACGUCUCCUGUUGUGGAUGCUCUUGACAAGGAAAAUUUAAAGCGGAUUGAUGAUAAAAGAAACACCUUGGGGCGGAUUCCCUCAGCGGAUUCAUCACUGAGACGUGCAAAACGCGAGGCCUACUUUCAGCACGUUUACCACUCGGUUGGCAUUGAGGGCAACACCAUGAGCCUUUCUCAGACCAGAGUGAUUUUGGAGACCGGAAUGGCUGUUGGAGGAAAAAGCUUAAUUGAGCAUGGAGAAAUCCUGGGUCUUGAUGCUGCUCUCAAAUACUUGAACAAUACGCUUCUUCGAGGAAAACCCCCUGGACAUCUCGAGAUUGAGGACAUAUUGGCUCUACACAGGCGAGUCAUGGGAUAUGUAGAGCCCUUCGAAGCUGGCACUUUCAGGCGUACCCAGGUUUUUGUGGGAGGUCACGUGCCGCCUCCCCCUUCUGAGGUCAGUCUCCAGGUCGCGCAGCUUGUUAAUUGGUUGCGAUCUGAUGAGGCCCUACAACUUCAUCCUAUCAGAUACGCUGCUCUUGCUCAUUAUAAACUUGUGUACAUUCACCCCUUCACUGACGGGAACGGUCGCACAAGUAGGCUGCUAAUGAAUCUUAUUCUGAUGCAGGCUGGAUAUGCCCCAGUCAUUAUUCCAAAACAAGAGAGACAGAGAUAUUACGAGUACCUGGAAGUAGCCAACAGUGGCGAUGUGAGACCUUUUAUUCGGUACAUUGCCGAGUGCACAGAGCAAACCCUUGAAUUGUACCUGUGGGCCACGAGAGAAUAUUCGGCCCAGAUUCCUGCUUUAAGCGCAGAUCUGAGUGCAGAACAAGACCACGAGAGAAUCAUCUUAGGCAACGAUGAUGAUAUCGUAUAGAUGAAAAUGUUGUUUUCACGACAGUGCUGACCUGUGAUUUCAUUUCAUUAAAUUAUUUCCUGUUCAAUAAAUGAAACAACUAUUUAUUUGCUAUAA